UCAAGAAUUAAGACAGAAGAGGCUUAUAAAGGGCUCGUCUUCGGUGGAUACUUCCAGUUUGUGUCGGAUAGACUCCGGAUCUAGUCGAAGAAUCGGACAAACCGUGGGAAUAUUGGCAGACAGAGAGUGGAAGAAAGAGUGCUAAGAUGGGAAGACUUUCGUCGAUGAUUCUUCUGCUAGCAGCUUUCGCGGGGUGUCGGUCAGCACCAGCCACGUUCAUACAGCCGGGUCAGUAUUAUUUGCUGCAGCCACAACCGGCGACGUUAAAAAUCCAACCGCAACUCAUCCAGCCGAUCCAACAUCUGAAACUUGAGCCAAAACAACAAUUUAUCUACUAUUAUCCGUCGGUUCCGCUGGGCAGUGAACUUCAUAGUGCCAAACCAAUUCGGUUGAUCACGUUGAAACAGGACGAGACACCAUGGUGGGAGAAUUUCAUCAACUUCUGGAAGCCUCCGGGAGAAGCACCCGCGGAAGGCGCGACCGAAGCACCUGAGUCCCCCGCCGCUCCCGAGGCGCCUGCAGCCCCAGAAUCACCUGCACCGGAAGCUCCAGCUGAAAGUGCAAAAACUUCCAUGAAACAACACAUUUUCAUAGCCCCAACAGAAGUCGAACAAUUUCUUACCAAAACAGUUUCUCAUCCGCAGGGGCAGCGAUAUUACAUUCUGAGCGGCACUCCCCAGUUCUUCGGAAACUUUGACGCUUUACAGAAUCCACUGAGUCCCAUCUUCAGCUUGCAGCCCCUGCAGGCUCUCCAUGCUCGUUCUAAUUCCGAAAUUCAAGCUGAGGGCGGUCAAUUGAAAUUUCUACCCCAGAUUGUGACGUCAAAUGCACCGAUUGCUCCAGUUCCAGCAUUGGUGCCAGCACAACUCAAGAACGAUCUGUUGGAGUCUCACCCCGACAAAACCCCAACCAUAGAACGCACUUGGGGGCGCUCGUUGGAUGAUGAACCAGCACCGGAAGAGCAGCCACAGCAACCGCAAGUCCAGGGUCGAUCUCUGUCCGAAGAACCGAGCGAGCAGAACAGCGCCACGCUGACUAUGGACGAAAGCAAGAAGGAAGAAAUGACCAGCUCUCUCCGGAAGUCGGACGAACCAGCGAUUGCGGCGGCGAAACCAGCCGGAAUAGCGCUCGCCGGACGGGGUGGAUUGGCUGCCGCGGCACCAACUGGAACUGCCAUCGUUGGGAAUAAUGGUCUCGCUCUGUCCUCGCCAACGGCGACUUCCGUUGCCGGAAACUUCUUUGGAGAUGAAGACGAGGAGGAGAAAAAGAACUAGGCAAUACCAAGGCAUAGUCCCGGCAUGACAACGCUCAACCGCAAAACUUGAACUGGAAUCUAGACCGUUAGUAGUGAUAAUUUUAGUAAGCAGCAAAAAUCUCAACAAUGGUGCUGGUAGGAAAAGCUUAGACGUGAGACGCGUCCUUUCCGAUCGGAGUAAUCAAUCACCCGAUUGGAAGGGAGAAUCUAAAAACUAAAUCGAGGAUAUUUUCGUAUACGUAAUGCAGCUUGCCCCUCUGUGUUGGUAGUUUCAGUUAGAUUAAUUACCCAGGGUGCAAGUAGGACUGACAAUCCCACCUCAGAAGGAGAAAUAUUGAGAGAUAGAGAGCUGGGGAUAAUUUCCAAUUCGUGAUUUACUGUUCUUCGUUCUUUUGUUCCAUGUAUUCCAAUGUGUAAUCGUUUAGCAAGAAUAGACAAAAUUUUAGCACUUAUUUAUCACACUCAUUAGGUUAAGUUCAAAUCAUCGCUCAUCAACUCAUUCAUUCGUCCAUCGAAAAGUGCGCUUGCGGUCCAUAAGCAGGAUUGAGCUGAUGGUUUUCAGAGUCACCUUCGGGUCGGAUUUCAAAAUCUCAGCUCAAUCCCAGCGUAGCACACUUUGUCAUAAUACUCAUACACUUCAUCGAAAGAAAAAUGUGAAAUAAAAUGCAAAAAAAAGAGAUUCAAUAAAGUAUCCAUUGAAAAAAAA